UAUGCUAUUUAUUUUUGUCUUUUAUUUUUAAGUGAAAAUUUAACAAUUUACUAUAUGAGCAGGAUGUGUCUAUGAGGGGUUAAAACUGAGUUGAACAGACAGUAGAUGGCGCGCGAUCUGCUCAAUAAUGACUUAGUUACACUGAACAGACGGCAGAGGGCGCGCGACCGCGCAUGAUCUGGCGCACGCGCAGUGCCAUCGUCAUGUUUGAAGCCGCACAAGGGGCGGAGAUCUCUGCUGUUUCCUUCCCAAAAAAUAACUGAGGAUCAACCCAAGGGAAACGGUUCCCAAGUAGCGGCUUUCGAGCGACAUGCCAGGACAUAAAGUGAUGUAUUGGCCGUUUGACAGGAUUCGUCCACAGAACGAUUUACUCCAGCAGUGUUUGAUCUGGCGAUUAUAAUAUUGUUCAGUCGACACAUGUAUCACCGGUGCCGUCCACUAUCCCACAUUCAUACUUCCAGCGGCCUUUUGCAUCGCUUCAGGACCCUGUCUUUAGAUUAACGAGAUCUAAACUCGGUCGUCUGGUCGGUAUUUGUGUGUUUAUGUGUUGUCCUGAGCCGUGCUUCUUCUCGGCAAAGUCAUGGAGCCCAACAUGGAGUACAUCGUGGCGCAGGUCACGCAGAAAGAGGUCGGACGGCGGUUUCAAGUCGGGCCCGAAAUCAUAGACUACAUCCUGGACAGACAGAAGUCACAUGACCUGGAGCAUGAUCAGAGCCUGCUGGACCGGAUGGUGGACAGUCUGGCGAGCUCAUGGGUCAACGCAAGCAAUUUCAAGGUGGCGCUUCUGGGAAUGGACAUAGUAUCUGCUUUAGUGACCAGACUACAGGAACGCUUCAAAACACAAAUAGGAACAGUUCUGCCCAGUUUAAUCGAUCGUUUAGGUGAUUCUAAGGACCAGGUUCGGGAUCAAGCGCAGGCUCUUCUGUUAAAAAUCAUGGACCAAGCGGCCAAUCCACAGUAUGUUUGGGACCGAAUGCUGGCCGGAUUCAGACAUAAAAACAUCCGGAGCAGAGAAGCUGUUUGCUUUUGCCUUAUUGCCACUCUUAAUGUAUAUGGAGCUCAGGGUUUAACCCUUAGCAAGAUAGUUCCUCAUAUUUGUCAUCUGUUAGGAGACCCAGCGAGUCAGGUUCGGGACGGUGCGAUGAACUGUCUGGUGGAGAUUUACAGACACGUCGGGGAGAGAGUGAGGGUGGAUUUGGGGAAGAAGGGGCUGCCGCAGUCACGCUUGAAUGUGAUUUUCAGAAGGUUUGAUGAAGUGCAGAGGUCUGGGAACAUGACGCUGUCCUCAGAUAAGAGCGUGGAUGAUGACGAUUCGGUGGAUGGAGGUCGUUCCUCAUCGUCCUCUAAAGGAGCGUCAUCGGUGCGUCGGACAGGAUCCAUGCGCAGACCGAGCUCAGCGUCCAGCUGCAAGAGCUCAGUUAAGGAGAGCUCUGGAGCUGGAGCUGUUGACGAGGAAGACUUUAUUCGUGCCUUUGAAGAUGUGCCCUCUGUACAGAUUUACUCACCUCGAGAGCUCGAGGACUCCAUGAACAAGAUCCGAGAAAUUCUGUCCGAUGACAAACAUGAUUGGGAACAGCGAGUAGCUGCAUUAAAAAAGGUUCGUUCUCUGAUGUUGGCCGGCGCGAGCGACUACGAUGGUUUUUCGCAGCAGUUACGGCAGCUGGAGGGGCCGCUCAAACUCUCGGCUAAAGACCUGCGCUCGCAGGUGGUGCGCGAGGCCUGUAUCACACUCGGACACCUGUCGUCUGUGUUGGGUAAUAGAUUUGAUCACGGAGCUGAGAACAUCAUGCCAACCUUACUGAACCUCGUCCCAAACAGUGCUAAAGUUAUGGCCACAUCCGGAAUGGCAGCAAUUCGUCUCAUUAUACGGCACACUCACUAUCCACGUCUGAUUCCUAUCAUGACCAUCAACUGCACUUCCAAAUCAGUGGCCGUCAGACGACGCUGUUAUGAGUUUUUAGACCUUCUGCUUCAGGAGUGGCAGACUAAUUCUCUCGAGAGGCACGUCGCUGUCCUGAUAGAAACCAUUAAGAAAGGAGUUCACGAUGCUGACUCUGAGGCCAGAUCAGUCGCUAGGAAAUGUUACUGGGGUUUCCACGCCCACUUCAGUAAGGAGGCGGAGCAUCUGUUUCAGGCGCUGGAACUGACCUAUCAGAAAGCGCUGCAGUCUCACCUGAAGAGCUCGGACAGCAUUAUGUCUCUGCCGCAGUCCGACCGCUCGUCCUCCAGCUCGCAGGAGAGCCUCAAUCGGCCGCUGUCUGUUAAAACACCUGUCGGGAGCAACUUGAGCAAAACUAAAGGGGUGAGUUCUCGUGCAUCCUCUUCGUCCGGCUCUCUCCAGCGAUCGCGCAGUGAUGUGGACGUUAACGCCGUGGCUAGUGCCAAAAACAGAAUGCCAGCCGUUGCUGCUACUGCCCCCUUCAGCUCAGCAGCGGCACUGCCGCCUGGUUCCUACGCCUCUCUGGGUCGUGUGCGAACCAGACGACAGAGUUCAGAGACGGCAGUUGGGGGCGGAGCUUCUGUGACUGACAGUAGGGGGCGGAGCCGAGCCAAAGCUGUGUCCCAAUCACAGCCGGGCAGCCGCUCUAGUUCACCUGGGAAGCUCUUGGCUCGCUCUUCCAUGAGAAUCCCUCGAUCCGCCGGAUCCUCUGGAGCGCCGUCAGACAAACGCUGUAAGAUCCCCCGCAGUCAAGGCUGCAGCCGAGAGACGAGCCCCAGCCGUGCGCGAGACGUGCGGGCCAGUCGUAUCCCGCGGCCCAGCAUGAGUCAGGGCUGUAGUCGUGACACCAGUCGGGAGAGCAGCAGAGACACCAGUCCAGCUCGAGGGUUCAGUCCGCUGGCAUCCCACAGAUACUCUCGCUCCACCAGUGCGCUGAUGGCUGGCGAUGUCCUGCAGACAGAUCGCUUCGGACUCAUCCAUCAGGCCAUGCGGAUCUUGAACACGGGCACAGAGGUGGAGGCGGCCGUGGCAGACGCUCUGCUUUUAGGAGACUCCAGGACCAAGCGGAGGCCGAUGCGCCGGCGUUACGAAUCUCCCGGGAUGUACUCGGAUGACGACGCCAACAGCGAUGCAUCCAGUGCCUGCUCCGAACGCUCCUUCAGCUCCCGUAACGGCGCCGCCCCGCAGUACCUGCGUCAGACGGAGGACGUGGCCGAGAUCCUGAACCACUGCGCCAGCUCCAACUUUUCCGAGAGGAAAGAAGGGCUGCUGGGACUCCAGAGCCUCCUGAAGAGCCAAAGAGUGCUCAGUCGUGUGGAGCUGAAGAGACUGUGUGAGAUCUUCACCCGGAUGUUUGCAGAUCCUCACAGCAAGAGGGUGUUCAGCAUGUUCCUGGAGACGCUGGUGGACUUCAUCACGUUGCACAGAGACGAUCUUCAGGACUGGCUCUUCGUUCUUCUCACGCAGCUGCUGAAGAAGAUGGGGGCUGAUCUUCUGGGCUCCGUUCAGGCCAAAGUUCAGCGGGCCCUCGACGUCACCAGGGACUCUUUUCCGUACGAUCAGCAGUUCAACAUCCUGAUGCGGUUCAUCGUGGAUCAGACUCAGACCCCAAACCUCAAGGUGAAGGUGGCCAUCCUGAAGUACAUCGAGUCUUUGGCCAGACAGAUGGAUCCGUCAGACUUCGUGAACUCCAGCGAGACUCGGUUAGCCGUCUCUCGAAUCAUCACGUGGACCACGGAGCCGAAGAGCUCAGACGUCAGGAAGACGCUUCAUCUCUGGCUGAAUGAGGAGGCGUCGGGCAGGAGCUCCACGGUGGCCUCACUGCCGGGGGAAAGUAACCUGGAGGAGAGAUGUAAGCAGGCUGCUCAGAUGGUUCUGAUCGCCCUGUUUGAGCUGAACACCCCAGAGUUCACCAUGCUGUUAGGAGCUCUGCCCAAAACCUUCCAGGACGGAGCCACUAAACUCCUGCACAGCCAUCUGAAGAACAGCAGUAACGCUGCUGCAGUGUCUCAUGCGUCUCCCAGCGGCAGCAGCAGUGUGGGACGCACCCCUCCACGACACCCAGUGACCCGCAGCAGCCCGCUGACCUCACCCAAUAACGGCUCACACGGGGGUCUGUCACCCAGUAUGUUGGAGUACGACUCCGAGAACAUGAACUCUGAGGAAAUCUUGAGCUCAUUGAGAGGUGUAACCGAAGCCAUCCAGAGCUUCAGUUUCCACAGUAAGGAAGACAUACUCGAGCCCAUCAAACAUGACGGCAAGAGGGAAGAUACAACCGGUGUGGAUCCUCGUUUGUCUGCUGGUGUGAUGGAAGGAGGCCGGACGGCGCUGGACAACAAGACGUCAUUAUUAAACACACCAUCUUCUCGAUCGAUCAGUGGCCCUUGGGCUCGCGAAUACAACCCAUACAACUACAGCGACUCCAUCAGCGCCUACGAGAAAGGAGCUCUCGCUGUGUUUGACGACGUGGAGCACAUCCCAGAUGGUCGUCCACAGGACUGCGCAGAAAACAAAAUCCUGCAUCCGAAAGGUUAUUCUGCAGGACCCGGGCCGCACCUGGAGAUGAUUGGUGAUCUGCUGAAGGAGCUGUCCAAUCACAGCGAGCGUGUGGAGGAGAGGCGGGCCGCUCUGCUGGAGCUGCUGAAGGUCACGCGUGACGACAGUCUGGUCGUGUGGGAAGAGCAUUUCAAAACCAUGCUGCUGCUGCUGCUGGAGACGCUGGGAGACAGAGACCACACCAUCCGAGCGCUGGCUCUGCGCGUCCUGAAGGAGAUCAUGCGCAGUCAGCCGACGCGCUUCAAGAACUACGCAGAACUCACCAUCAUGAAAACCCUGGAGGCCCAUAAAGACUGUCACAAAGAGGUGGUGCGGGCGGCAGAAGAAACGGCGUCCACGCUGGCCGGAUCCAUCCACUCGGAGCAGUGCAUCAAAGUCCUGUGUCCCAUCAUCCAGACGGCAGACUACCCCAUCAACCUCGCCGCUAUUAAGAUGCAGACCAAAGUAAUCGAGCGCAUUCCCCAGGAUUCACUGAUUCAGCUCCUGCCAGACAUCAUCCCUGGACUCUUACAGGGUUAUGAUAACACCGAGAGCAGUGUGCGUAAGGCCAGUGUGUUCUGUUUGGUGGCCGUUUAUUCAGUCAUCGGUGAAGAUCUGAAGCCUCAUCUGCAGCAGCUGACCGGCAGCAAGAUGAAGCUCUUGAAUCUGUACAUCAAGCGAGCUCAAGCCACCAACAGCACCAGCAGCAGCUCUUCAGACGUCUCGUCUCACAGCUGAAUCACUCCUCCAUGCGUCCUCUCCCGUCGGUUAACACAUUUGCGAGUAGAUGCACGUGAUUCAGUGUUAACAUGUGCAAACACUUUGUGUGUGUGUGCGUGUGUGUGUGUGUGUGUGCAGCAGUUGGCGUCUGUGUGUAAGAUAAUCAGUUCCCAUUGCUCUUUUGCCAUUGCUGUGGCAUCUAUCGUCCUUAAAUUCAAAGCACACGUGAUGCUCUUUCCGAUCGGCCAAUCAGAAAUCGUCUUACCUCACAUCAUUAGUGAAUGUAACGCCCAUUUUUUUACGCCUUUAGUCUGCCUCAAGGAUGCUCUUUUAGUGACUAGAAUCAUUUUUGGGCAUUUAAGAAUAUGCAAGAACCGAGAUUGUAUUUGUACAGUAUUUGUUUUAUUUCCGGCCAACAGGCGAAGAGCUUUCGACUAAGAACAAUGAAUAUUAGCGCAAAUUUAGUUCGAAAUCUCACAUUCCAGCGCCGCACAGAAAAACCUCGAUUAGUCAUCAACACUAACAUGGAGAUUCAUGACAAAUGUCUCCUUUUUUUUUCAUUUAAGGACCACGUUGAUGUUUUUUGUGCAUGCAAUAUACAAUUCGAUAACAUGAGAUAAAAAUAACGCCAAAAUUAAACUGAAUCAUUACAUUAAAGAUUCACGUACACACACACAUGCACUAAAUUUAUGAUAUGAAUCAACGUAAAAGCAGAACUUUUGAGAGCGAUAAUUGUAACUAAAAAUAAUCCAAAUUGGAUUUAGACUCGUUAAACUGUUGUUUUAACCCAGUUGUUGUGGUUUCGGAAAGGUUUGCGCCUGUUUGUGCCGUUUAAAGUGCUAAGUUAGUCUUUUUGUACCCGGUUUUAAAUCUUGGUGCUUAAACGAAUCACUCUGUGCUUCUGCUGGACGUUUAACUUCAGAUUUAAUUCGUUUCUCCUUUCCGCGCUUUGGUUUUAAAGGCCUUACGAAAAGAGAAGUCACAUUAUUCACUCUUGUUAGAAAUCCCAAAGAACAUUCCACACAGAAAAACGUGUUUUUGUGAAGUGAAUCAUCUACGAUCCUUCUAAUAAUGAUUCAUUUAGAAUAAAAAAGAGAGAAUGUAUUUUAAACGAAGAUAUCUGGACUCUGCAUGCAUGCAAUCGAUUCACACAGCGCUGAACCACACAAACAUCAACACUGUUAUUAUAUGUGAAGCUGAGAGAAUCAAAUAUGAUAUUUGUGAAUACUUUAUAAGGCACUAGAUACAGUCCUGCUUGAAUCUUUAAUUCAGUUUGACAAGAGCGACUCAGAUCAUUGAGUAAACCCCUAGUUAACUGAGUUUUGCAUCAACGCUUCGCUAAAGUAGACUGAGACAUGUUUAAUAUCCACGUCUGUAUUUAUUUGACACUGCGGCUGUAUAUAUGACCUGGUUUGGUUCAUGUUCACCUGUGUAGAAUUUGCUCUAGAUAAACCCAACCUGAGUUUUCCA